AUGUCCAGCCAAGAAGCACUAGCCGGUAGAGGGCUACAACUUGGCCAGGUCGGCUUCCAGAAGCGAUUCCACCAAGAAAUCUUUGCGCUGGAGUGGGAGCACUCCAAGGAUUUAGAGGCGCUGUACGAGCGGCAUCAGGAAAACCGGGAUGAGACUGCAAAGGUUUGCAAAGCCUUGCAUACCUCGCAGACCUCCAAGCCUGCAUCAGCACUUCUGCAUCUGUCCUGA